CUCGACACGAAAACUCCACACAUCCAAACAAAAGAUGCAUAUAAACAUGCUACCAAACCUUCAAACUGAAGAUUACACAGCAAAAGCACUCCAAACAAAACUCCAAGCACUCACCACUCUUAGGAAUUCCCAACUUAUAAAACCAAAACAAAAAAUACAAAGGACAAAAAAUGUUGGAUGUGUCCGAAUACUCAUCCGCUUCAGAGUGCUGCUUUGCGGACAUAAACACGACAUCAUCAAGAAGAAAAAAGAGCAAGAACAAGCGGAGGUUCAGUGACGAACAAAUCCGAUCCCUGGAGGUCACCUUUGAGUCCGAGACCAAGCUCGAGCCCAGAAAGAAGGCCCAGCUCGCGAAGGAAUUGGGCCUGCGGCCCAGACAGGUCGCCAUUUGGUUCCAGAACAAAAGGGCUCGCUGGAAAUCGAAGCAGAUCCAGAAAGACUACAGCGUCUUGUUGGCUAGUUACAACGAUUUAGCUUCCAAAUUUGAGCGCUUGAAGGAAGAGAAGGAGUACUUGCUUGUACAGUUACAGAAUGUGAAGGAUGAAAUGGAUAAAUCAGAAAACAGAAGUGAUGGGGAGUGGGAUUGUAAGAAGGAAACAAAUUUGGAGCUCAACAACAAUAUUUGUAGCCAACAAUUUGUGGGCAUGCUUUCGGAUGGUGAUGAUGUCAGCACUAGGGCAGAAUUCGUGGGUUUGCAGGACGAAGUGAACGAUGAGGAGAUGUUGAAAUUGGUCGAGCCUCAGCCUCAGCCUCAGCCUCAGCCUCGAAUGGAGAGUCCACUGACAUCAAAUGGUGGGAUUUUUGGUGUUGAUAUAAAGUAUAAACAUGUGAGGCUGAUUGUAAAGAGAUGGUGUUUGGAGAGGGAAGAUGUUUGUGCAUUUGCAAUAAUACAACUUCCAUUCCAUGUCUCUGGUGUAGACAGAAGUGAAAUAUGUUUGAGAUCUAUAAUUCAAGUAAAAUCACAAGAGGCUAUAAGUUUUCAUGUAUAA